UAUGUGCUAUGUUGGAGUUGAUUUAAUAGCCGAAUAAAGCAACCAAUGCAUGUCGAACCUUUUAAGUUGCACAUAUAUGUAGUGUUUUCACCACCACAUGGGAUAAAGGUGCAGUGAAUAGGUGAAACAUAUGGAAUAUUAACAUAAAUAACCUGUUACAUAGAGAACGCUAUGCCUGAAUGAACUGUUUUAAACCCGCAAUCGCUGACCAGUAUGUUCGCAUAACGUUUCAAUACAUCGUUAUCGUUCAUAUAUUUGAGUGCAUCAGUGUACUGGAUACGCUGCUUGCGGCUGUGAUAGAAUGUAACCUUUCAGAACCCAUUCUAUACAUAGAUGGUGACGUCACUACGUUAUUGUCAGUAAGACCGGUGUGACACAAUGUUCAGCACCUAAAUACAUGUUAUGUUACAAAUUCGGCACACCUUGCAAUAGAAUCGAACCUUGCUUAAUAGAGUUGUUGUGGAAAGCCUUACAUGAGCUGUAUGUUAAACGUUCGAUAUGGGUUGUGUUGAAAGUCAGGAGAAGAAACAGCACAGGUUUAAACCCGUAAGCGGCCCCACAAAGACUGGGUACCUGUACAGUGGUGGAACCAGCAAACCGAAGAACGUGGGUCGUGUGAAAAGACAGGAGAAGAAACAGCACAGGUUUGGACCCGCAAUUGGCCCCAAAAAGACUGGGUACCUGUUAUACAGUGAUGGAACCAGCAAAUGGAAGAAGGUGUUCGUGAUGCUGUUCCAUGACUCCAGUGUGACCUGGUUUGAGUCUCCCAAAAACAGGAUUCCGCUAUGUGACGUAGUAUUGAGGGACGUCUGCAGCAUGCUUGUAGUGGGUCCCGUCUGCAAGCGAAUCCCGAACUGUCCCGGAAAGAUCCCUAAAAAAUUGAGCUACAGUUACAUGAUAGCGUUCCCGCAGUGGAUUCAGCCGGGAGCGGCGCCGGUAACCAUAUCCAGUCCUGUCUGCUUCUUCAUGUGUCCAAACGGAAACACAAUGGGAUCUUGGAUGACUUCAAUAUCUCAAGUGUUGAGUUUUGACCCCAACGCGCCGCACAAGCCGCAGUAUCCUACCGAGCCCCCGCCGCCAUACGACCACAAGCCGCCGGCUACACAGGCCGUCGGCAUCAUAGCGAACGGUCAGCAAAGUGGGCGUAGACGCUCCAGUGGUGAUGACUUUAGCAAAGGUUUUCUGGUCGGUUCGGCUCUAGGAUACGGUUACGGUCAUCCGUGGGGCUGGGGUUGGGGCUGGGGCUGGGGUUACGACCCAUGUUUCGGGUGGGGGUACGCAGACUACGACUUUAACGUCGACGUUGACGUUCAAAUUGACAAUGAUAAUGACAACAAUUACGAUAAUGAUGGCGGGGAUAAUGACAAUGAUGCCGGCGACAACUUUGACAAUGCCUCCGUUGCUGAUUUCGGAGGGAAUGAUUUCCAAGAUUAUGAUCCCGUUUCUGCAGGCGACGUCAACUUCGACGUUAUUGGUGGGGGUUACGGUGGUGGUGAUUACGGCGGCGAUUCCGGUGGAGGCUACGGCGGUGGUGAUUACGGUGGUGAUUCCGGUGGUGAUUCCGGUGGUGGUGCCGGCUGUGGUGGGGGAGGAGGUGACAGUGGUGGUGGAGGCGGUGAUAGCGGUGGCGGUGGAGGUUGUGGAGGAGGUGGUGGUUGUGGGGGAGGUGGUGGUUGUGGUGGUGGGGGAGGUGAUUAA